CAGGUACAUAUGAACACCUUAUCAUUUCCACCAAAAAAUAUAAUGUAAUUGCAUUCAGUAAAUGGACAUCCAUGUAGUUAGGUACACAUUCAGCGUGUAAUGCUUUCAAUACGAAUCGCUUUAUAUUGUUGCAUAAUGUGGAGAGUUGAACAAUAAUUCAAAUGACAUUAUUCUGAUUUCAUUUGCUUACAGUCCAAUAUCCUUGGGUAUAGUUCGGUGAUAUUAAGUGUACAAUAUAGUAUUUAAAUGUAAACCAGUCCACGAUACGCAUUACUGUAAUUAUGUUGAAAAAGGAAUACGACAGCAUAUUUCAGCACUUAGGUGGAUUUGGUUUAUAUCAGAAAUGUCAAUUAUUGUUGUUAUCACUUCCUACUUUAUUCGAUGCCACUACGACGAUGAUGCUUGUAUUCAUGUUAGGAGAUCAACCACACAGAUGUCGACUUCCUGACGUUGAAGACAAUGUGUAUUCACGUCCACCCAUCUUUCAUUCGGAUGUCUCUAAUAUCAGCGCAUAUAAUACUAGUCAAUGCUAUCUGAACAUUAACGGUACUAACAGUCCGUGCAAUGACUGGGUGUAUGACACCACAUACUACCAAUCUACACUCAUUUCAAAGUUCAAUAUGGUUUGUCAGGACAAGUUUAUGCGCAGUCACAUUUUACUUUCUCAUUUCUUUGGAUCGUUUUUUAACGCCAUUUUUUGUGGACUGAUGUGUGAUGUAUGGGGUAGAAAACCAACAUUGAUUUUAGGAUUUUUUCUUUUGAUCAUACCAAAUGUCAUUCGUCCGUGGAUUCCACAACUGUUUCUGGUUGCCAUAUGUGAAUUUCUUAAUGCAACUGGUAGCAAUUUAUCAUACGUCGUUCCUUUUACUAUGGUAACAGAAUUGGUCGACCCUGCUCAUCGUGUUCUAGCCUCCUUUACCAUAUAUAUGUCAUAUUGUAUCGGUAGUUAUGUUUUAUUGGCAUAUGCUUAUUUCUUCCGGGAUUGGGAAACCCUGAUACAAGUCGUCUCCGUUCCUAUAACGAUUUGCCUUUUCGUGAUGUUAUUUGUGCCGGAAUCACCAAGAUGGCUUUUGCUCAAAGGUCGAACGAAAGAAGCCAUGAAAAUUUUCAAACGCACAGCAAAAUUUAAUAAAACUAAAGUUGAUUUUAAUCCAGAAGAUAUUACAGUAAAAGAUGGGAAAAGGAUAUCAUUUACAACAGGCUUUAAAAUAAUGUUCAAAUCUAAGCCAAUGAUGGGACGGUUUUUUAUUCUAAUGAUUAACUGGUUUGCCAUCAGCUUAAUAUAUUUUGGAAUUUCAAUGAAUACUGGUGAUCUUGGAGGCAAUGUAUAUGUUAAUUAUGCCAUCUCUACAACAGCCGAAACUGUUGCCGUGCUGUUGUGUUUUUUUGCUGACAGGUUACCAAGAAAGAAAAUUUACUGUACAGCUAUGAUAUUGGGUAGUACUGCAUGUCUCAGUACAAUUUUUACAUCUAUGUACGCAAGUGAAGCACUACAUUGGGUAACAAUUGGACUAGCCAUGAUUGGAAAGUUAGGAGUUACAACUGCUUUCUUUCUUAUUUAUCUCAUCACAUCAGAAUGUUUUCCAACAGUGAUACGCGCCUCUAUGUUCGGACUAUGUAGUUCUGGUGCUAGAAUUGGAUCAAUGUCUUCUUCUUACAUUGGGAAAUUGGGAGUAUUGAUAGAUACAAAAUUUGGAACUGCUCUACCUCUUAUAAUAUUUGGAUCUGUCGGAACACUAGCUGGUAUUCUAUCUUUGUUAUUACCAGAAACAAGAAAUAUUGAAUUACCAGAGACAUUCGAAGAAGCAUUGCAUAUUGAAAGCAAUACGGAAGACCAGUCACCAGACUCUUCUGAAUCUAACAUAGCAAUGAUAUCAGUUAAGGAUGAAAAAUGCAGGCAAAAUAAGAUGUGAUAAUAAUAAAAAAAAAGUGUUUAUAACAUUAUUA